AUGGCGAGUAUCAGUCUAGCUCGUUACGCUUGUGACUAUUGCAAACAGAAGAAACUCAGAUGCUCCAAGGAACUCCCGAAAUGCAGUGCCUGCAAACCAUGGCCUGGGCCUUGUGACUAUUCCAGAGAUGUGCCUGCUCCAAGACCCAAUCGCGACAACCUCGCGCCUGUGCCUCUUACGAUACCAAGCCACCAAGAGGUAGAAGGAAUUCAUAGUCGAUUGGACAAGCUAGAGAAGGCUAUCCAAACUUUGACCGAUACUGUCACUAAAGCUCUGGAUGGCAUGGGCCAGGUUGUGUCAAGCCACGCUGGAGGAAAGUCCAAGAUGCACUCGUUGACAAUUCAUAAGGAUGAUUCAGCUGCCAACUUAGUUUUUGGAGAUUCUCAUUCCUUCUCAAUUCUGAAGGAUGCAUCUGCCAGUAUUCGUGUCUCGGCUCCCGACUCAGAUCCUCUCCAUCGCCAGGCUAGAGACGAGCUGCAAUAUCUGUCGAACGCAAUCACAACGACUGUUGUCGCUAAGGGAGUAGCGGAGACAAACUUCUAUAUACCACCCAGAGCUGAGGGGUACCAGCUAAUUGGAAAGUUUCUGGAAAACGCAAGCCUGGGCGACAACUUCUUCCAAGCACCAUCAGAAGACCUUCUCAUACAAGUAAUAUUCAAGCCAGAAACUGUGACCCGAAAGGCUUGGGUGGUGUACGUCAACUACAUGCUUCUCGCAAUGCUAUCGGGUGACAAAAACACACAAGCUCAGAAGUUCCGCCAGAAUAUGAAACUGGCGCUCAAUGACAGCAGCAUCUUCCUCGAGCCCCACGAAGCGCAUCUACAAGCUCUUAUCCUCCUCGCCAUUCACGGAGAAGAUUACUCCUCGCCGAGUUCAUCCUGGAUGCUAGUCGGCCAUGCAUGUCGCCAAGCUCAGGCACUAGGGCUACACCCUUCUACAAACGUAGACUAUGAGACCCGGCAGCGACGACUGAGUCUAUUCUGGCUUCUUUUCGCUAUUGAUAGGUCGUGUUCUCUUGCAUUUGGGAGACCAUGCUUUCUUCCAUCGGACGUGCACUCGCAUGUUCCACUUCCUGAUUUCAGUUACUUAACGAGGUUCGAACCUCGCAGCGACCUUGCUGCAACUGGUAAAACAAAAAGACCAUCUUCGAUGUUUGGAGCGCAUAUGUUUCUUGCACGUAUAGAACUCGCUAGUCUUACUGGUGAUGAUUAUGCGCUUCCAAGCAAUGAAGGGACGGCUGAGGCAAGAGGUCUUCUAAGAGCAAAUCUCGUUGAGUGGCAUGUUCGAACAGUCAAGAUAUUACAAGACACUCUGGAUAGUGAACGACCUUCAUCUAGUCCCAAUCAGCUACACGAGAUGUCACUAGGCAUCAGCACCGUCAAGUUUGAAUAUCUACACACCCUUAUGGCUUUUACCAACGGGGACCCUUCAUCUUCAAACUUACGAUUGGAGGCUGCUCGGGAGGCAAUUUCCUUGCUGCCCUCCAUGGUGUCGAAUUGGACAUCUCUAUUCAAUAGCAUGAUUUGGCAUCUGCUAUACUUCCCCUUUAUACCAUACUUCAUCAUCUAUGGGCAUCUAAUGAAGGAUCAUGCUUCACUAAGUGCGAGAACCAUACAGCAGGACACAGACCUCUUGGCAACAGCAGUUUCGUACUAUGCAAAUAUGAGAGGCCAGAUGCAGCUAUUAGCUCCGCUGUGUGCACGCUUGGAGAAUGUUGCAAAUGUGUUCCUGAGGUUGGUUCAGCACGAGAUAAAUAGCCGAGGUGGAUUAGAAAAGGUUGAGAUGUUUCCUCAGGGGGCAAUGCAGUCACUAAGAACUCGAGAACCUAUCGGUGGCAGAGUGGAUAUCCCACUAAUGCCCGUCGAUGAAAUGCGUCAGGAGUUGAGUGAUGGGAUCAGCGCAGAUCUGGAACAUUAUCUUGAGUGGCUCCCCACAGAUCUGCUCCCAACCCAUCCUGUUAUUUCUCGAGAAAUGCGGAAUAGCGCAUCGGAUAAAGGGCCAGUCCAUGAGAGAACACCUUCGGAUCAAGGCUCCCGCGGCACAAAACGACCUUUUGAUGUUAUGUUUGAUUGGUUUGCCUGGGAUGUAUACUAUGCCGAUAACAAGUAG